CGAUGUAAUCUUUUUGGUACAAAUAAAAUACGAACUAUAUUUAUUACUGAUCGUGCGGUAGUGUGAAAAUAUAAAUACAAAGUAGCUCAACUAUUGCCAAUCAUUGGUUAUAUUCGCAUUAAUUAAAUAUGAAGAGUAUUUUACUUUGUUGUACCAUAUUUAUAAUCAGUGUUCAAGCAAAAGAUGUCGAAAAGGAAUGGAUGGAAUACCAGAAAAAAUACGACAAAAAUUAUGAAUCAGCUAGUGAAAAAGACCAGCGAUAUUCUAUAUUCAAAGAAAACUUGAAAAAAAUAGAAGAGAACAACGUUCUAUUUGAAAAAGGAAAGUCUAGCCACAUGGAAGGUGUAAAUCAAUUUUCGGAUUGGAAUACAACAGAAUUCUUCCACUACUUGAACAAGGGAUUCUCAAUGGGAGAUAAAAUUUAUGGAGAAUACUUCAAAAAAUCCAAGGAUUUUCAAAUUCCCGAACAUGUGGAUUGGAGAGAUCGAUACGCUAUAACUUCUGUGAAGAACCAGGAGAUGUGUGGAGGUAGCUGGGCUUUCAGUGCUGUUGGAGCCAUAGAGUGCCAAUUAGGAAUGAGAGGUAAUAUCCUUAACCUCAGCGAACAGAAUAUUAUAGACUGUGCAGCUAAUUAUGGAUGCAGGGGAGGAUCAGUAGAUCAAGCCUUCUAUUAUGUCUCUAGAACAGGGAUUAUGACUGAUUAUUCUUAUCCUUUCAUCGGUACAGAAGGUUCGUGCAGGUUCAGUGAUUCGGGUAUAAGAAUUUCCGGAAUCAUCAAAAUACCAUCAGGGGAUGAAAAAGCCCUUCAAGAAGCUAUAGCUGUGGGUGGAGCUGUAUCUGUCGGCAUAGAUGCUACAGAAAAACUGCAAAGAUAUAAGGGAGGAAUUCUAGAUGACGAUCUAUGUAGAAACGAUUCCAUGAAACACUGGGUACUCAUUAUUGGUUAUGGAAAAGAAGACAACAAGGACUAUUACAUCAUUAAGAACUCAUGGGGUGAACAGUGGGGAGAAAAAGGUUACUUUAGAUUAGCUAGGAAUAAAAACAACCAAUGCGCAGUAGCGACGCUGGCUUCGUUUCCUAGGCUCUAAAUCAAUUCUAUUUAUAGAAAUAUGUCUUGAUGUAUAUAUCGAAUUUUAUAGAACAAUAAUUAUAGUUUUUUCACCUG